AUGGCCACUACUGCAGUACAGGACAAUAUAAAGAUAGGAAAAAUCUGCUCUUCCCCUUCAUUGUACUGUGUUGAGACGAUUGAAAGCCAGAAACAUUGCGAUAUGUUCAACAAAGAGAUGGGGAAGAAAGAGGGAGUACUCAAUGUCUUUGUCCAAGUGAAUACAAGCCAUGAAGAACAGAAAGGAGGCCUCUCGCUGGACGAUGCUCCGGAUCUGGCAUGCUAUAUCAGCGAUAAUUGCCCAAAUCUACGUUUUAGUGGGUUUAUGACGAUUGGAUCCUUCGAGCACAGGUUCGUUGGCUUUCAACUGAUUUUGUAG